AAUACAUGCAGGAUAUCUUAGCAGUAUUCUGCACUACACAUUCAAGGCAAUAUGCAUUCACAUUACUCUCACUAGACUCACAAGGAUUUAACAGUGUAUUGAAUAAAGUAUCACCCACUACAUUUUGAAUGAAAUAUUCACUUCUGAACCAUAAAAAAAUGUAUUUUCUUUAAAUUGUGUUAUAUCUCAGCUGCUCCCACCUGCAACUCGCUGUUAGUUACAGUCACAGAUCUUUGUGGCUCACCGUUUCAGAGCUGUAUUUAGAAUCCCUAAUGGUAACUGACACAAUAAGGGCUUUCAGUGCCUCUGUGAUGGCAGAGGACUGCAGUGUUACAGAGUAAAAGAGGAUUUUAAAGCAUUUAGACCCCAAGCAGCAGUAUCCAGAAAAACCUCAGCUUCACUUAUUACUCACCACUAAAGAAAAUAAGCGUGUGAUAAGACAGUGUAUAGCGCCCUCUGCAGACUGUCUCUGAAAGACCAUCUGACAGUCUACAGGACGCAUCUAAAUACCCCAGAAAGCAUGUUGUAUACAACAGCUUAUAGCUAUGGAAAAUAGAAGUGCAAUUUCAGUUUCCCUUUGACUGUCUCACGAUGACAGACAAAGAUACAAAUAAAGUCAGUUGCCCUAUUGACUGAAAUUUGAGGAUUCGUCACACGUAGGUAAUUUGCACAUUUUAAUCAGUAUGUUUUUAACUGAAAACAAUGACAGCUUUUCCCCCCACAUUUAGUUUAACUGCACAUGAAUCGGUAUCACUGGGGUUGUGUUCACUCUAAAUCCAUUUAGGCCCCAGGGCCCCCAUGAGAAUAAGCGGCAAGCAAGCAUGAAUGGAUGGAUGGAAAAAGGCAUUUUACCAGAGUCAGUCAGUGCCCAGCACUGGCUAUAUGUCAGCUUGUUUUUUGGACUGUAAACUCUGAGCUACUUUAUAAUUCAGCCUAAAUGAUCAGUCUUGGUGCGUCUACCUAGGGGAUCAGUGAGGGGCUACGAGGGGCUCAGCACAGAACAAAAGGCCAUCCUCCUUGUGUGGGUCAUCGGCAUGGUAACAGACAACAGGCACCAGAUUUCUGUUGCCUAGUAACAAAGUCAAACAACAAAGUCCACUUCGCAUGCUUCCACAUGUGGGAGAGCAGCAACGUGAAUUUUCUGUCUCCAUUCUUAACAAACAGCUACUUUUCCCUUUUUUUUUUUAUCUGAAGACCCAGUUGAAUUCAGGGAAUCGGAAGGGCUCCGAAAACAUCUCCUCCUUAGAGGCACAUCAGGGAAGGAAAAUCACAGCGGGUGUACAACGUUGAUCUUUCUCACUCGCAUCAUUCCUGCUUUCCGCGCCCCCACCCUCCUCCUCAAGGAGCUGCCAGGAACGGGUGUCGGUGACUGAACGGCCGUCUCUCUCCUCAGCUCCAUGGCCAAAGGGAAGAAGAAGGCGGCGUCGAAGGGGAAGAAGAUCACGCUCAAGGUGGCCAAGAACCAGCUGAGGCUGACGGCGGACGGAAAGCGUAGGCUAGACCUGAGUAACAUGAAGAUUGACGCCUUCCCCAAGUGCCUGCUGAAGAUGGCCGACGUUGAUGAGCUGGACCUGAGCAGGAAUCUACUGAGGACCAUCCCUGACUGCAUCGACCGCUUCCUCAACCUGCGCUAUCUGGACCUGCACAGCAACCACAUCGAGCAGCUGCCUGAGGCCCUGGGCCGGCUGCAGACCCUGCGGCACCUCAACCUGUGCAACAACCGGCUGACCGCCGCUGGCAUUCCCCCGCAGCUGGGCCGCCUGUCCUCCCUGCGCAGCCUCAACCUUGGCAUGAACCGGCUGGAAACCCUGCCGGCCUGCAUUGGGGCGCUGCGAGAUCUCCAGGAGCUCGGCCUCUUUGACAACCUGCUCACGUCGGUGCCGAGCGCCAUCCGCGGUCUCCCCAGCCUCCGCAAACUCAACACCCUGCGCAACCCCUUAGCGGCGAGCACCGAGGCCCGGCGGGAGGGGCCCACCGACGGCGUGGAGCACCUCUACCUGCUGCGGGAGGACAGCCUGUGCAAACUCUGCCUGGGCAAGUGCAGGGAGGAGAGGCAGAGGAUCAGCAAGCAGGCCCAGGUCCCCUACAGGAGGACCGCCUUCUCUGGGCUCGUCGUGCCAAACUCCACAGCCCAGGAAAGCCAGGCCCUGUGGAGGUGAGCGUGGCUGCUUUGGGAGAGCAGCUCUGGCUAAGGGCCAUCCGGACAUGGCUGAGUGUUACAUCUGUGUGAUAUGAAAGGUCAAUAUAAGACGUAUUUAAGAACGGGGCGCUGUUCUGUGUUUAAUAUGACUUUGGCUCCUGAUUUCUGUUUCUGCGUCGGAGGUUUGACAUGGCCUUUGGUCAUUAGAAAGGGACAGACUAGAGAGUACAGAAAUAGUAGCAGAGCUUGAGUAUGAGCACAAUACAAUGCUGUCAUAAAACACUAAUUAAAACUUCAACACAU